AUGGACCUCGAAGCAAGUCGAUCACCAACUUCCUCGGUGAUCCCUGCGUCGCCCAAGACGACAACGAGCAGCCCUUCCAGCGACUCCUUCGCAAAGGCAGAAGCAAACGGUCAAUACGAGUUCGCCAUCUCCGAUCCCAGGAACUGUGGCAUAACUCUGCACUAUGUCGCAACCGGCUUUACAUCGGGGGCUGCCAAUGCCAUCCUCUUCAAUGUCCUUGCAGGCUACCUGAAUGUCCCCAGUGACAACAUCAAGGCUGGAGCAAAUCUUGCGGAGCUUCCCAGCGUCUUCUCCGUUCUACUGGGCAUUCUGAGUGACUCUCGGCCAAUUUGUGGCCUGCGGCGUCGUCCUUACAUGGCUGGAGGUUGGCUCUUGGCUGCUGCUUGCUGUUUCUUCCUGAUGGGAAUGGGCCUCCCAGCCCCGUACUACUGCUUCAGCUCCGCAGACGAAAGGUACCAGUAUGACCAGCCCCCUUGCAAUCCCGACGCUGUCGAGUUCUACGUGCCCCUCAUGGCUUGCGUCUGUAUUGCGCAAGUGGGCAUCACAGCGGCCAGUGCAGCAGCCAACGGGCUCAUGGUGGAGUAUGCGAAGGCAGAGCCGGCGGAGCGUCGCGGUCGUGCACAAACUUUGCUUCAGAUGGUCCACAUGGCCGGUUAUUUCGUCUCUCUGACGAUAGUAGCUUUCGGCUUCAAUGGGCGUAUGUUCACAGGCAGCUUCAGUCAGCAAAAUCAGCUUAGCUAUCAGCAAGCUGUGGCCAUUCUUGCUGUGAUGUGCCUCGUGACAGGUGUUUCCUGUAUCUUCAACGUUCAAGAGCGACCUGGGGGAAGAUCUUCGAUUCGAGGGUAUUGCCGAUCUUCAUGGCAUCUAUUGGAAAGCAAGGCCUUCUGUGCCGUUGCCCUUUUCUUCUUCGCAAACACGAGUAUCUUCAAUCUCAGCACUACUGCGAGAACGUGGGUGGCAUUGGAGUGGGCGAAGACCGAAAACAUGCAGCGGCAGAUUUCUGGCAUGUUGGCAGCUGUUCUCAGUUUUGUCGGAUGCUGGCUCACUCAAAAGUGGUUUCUGGGAGUGAGCUGGCGGAAAAUUAUAUGCGCAACUGGCGUCUUGACCUCAGUUUUCGACUCCAUUCCGCAGUUCUGCACGAUCUUCGAUGUGUUCCGGAACCAGUACUUUUAUCUUGGCGAGCCUCUCACACAGAACGUGCCUCAAGCCAUGUCAGCACUCGUCACCACUUUCCUGAUCAACGAGCUUGCCGACGACAGCAACUGCGCAUUGGUGGCCGGUCUCAUGAACACGAUUCCAGCGGUGGGGCAACAGCUGUCCGUCCUCCUUUCGAAUCAGGUCUUUUCUAUGUUCACCCCAGAUCUCGCUGUCAGGAGGAACUAUGUCGAGGAUACGCCGGAGUUUCGCUGGACGGUGGCCUCGUCUUUUCUGCUAUCCUAUACCAUGUCAUUGCUCUGUUUCUUGACGCUGCCGCUGCUGCCUAGGCAGAAAGCACAAGCGCAAGAACGCAAAGAAACGUGGUCUCGUAGACCGUUGUUCGCAUUCUUGGCCACGGCGAUUCUUGGACUCGCCCUGCUCUACACGCUGAUCGGUGACCUUCUCGUUCUGAGUCCUUCCCUGACUUGCCAUCGCUUCCUCGGUGGGCAGGGCUGCUGA